UCCGGUCUCAUAGUAGACCAGAUCUCACCAUGGAGCUGACAUGGCUGCAUCUCUGACCGUCCGGGCUGCAGAGUCGCCCUCUGCACUGCAAACGCCCUAUUAGACUUUAGUGAUGUGUGUGUGUGUGUGUGUGUGAAUGCCUUAGUUUUUGAGUGUGUGUAAACGUGUGGUUUUGUAGAUGGUAUCUCAACGGCCUGUUAGAAGCUGGGAUGCUGCUUUGUAAAUAUUUGUACAGCAUCAUGCUCUUUUGGAGAAGGAGGUAGCAUGUCUAACGGUUACCUGGCUCUAAGACAAGGACAUGGCAGGACAGUCAGUGUCCUCUAAAAUGGACUCUGUAUGCCCAUACAGUACGGAGACGUCGUCAAAAACGACCGUUUAUUUCUGACCUAUACAUACGGACAUGCGGAGGAGUGUCAGUGCUCUCUGAUGGACAUGUCUAACGGUUACCGAACUUUGUCACAGCACCUGAAUGACCUGAAGAAGGAGAACUUCAGCCUCAAGCUCCGCAUCUACUUCCUGGAGGAGAGGAUUCAGCAGAAGUACGAGGAGAGCAGCGAGGAUGUUUACCGCACGAACAUCGAGCUGAAAGUGGAAGUAGAGAGCUUGAAGCAGGAGCUCCAGGAAAAACAGCAGCUUCUGGACAAAGCCCUCACAUCUGCAGAGAGCUUGACCAAUCACAAUGAAGCAGAGUUGCAGAGAAGAUGUCAGGAGAGACAGCAGGAAAUCGAUCACAUGCAGCAAGUGCUUGAGACCAAGAUUCAGCUCCUGCAGGAGGAGGCCCAGCUGGCACGCAGCGAGGCAGAGCGGAUGGUCUCACUGGCUGGAUCACACUCCCAUGCCUCUGUCCUCUCCUUAGACAACCCUAUGGAGGACAUCCCAGAGGAUGAGAGCUCUCCAAGCAUCCUGUCCCCAUCCAGCACCAACAAAGACAGGUUGAUAGAGGAUCUGACCAAAGAGCUUCGCUCCAAAGAGGCUCUCAUCUCAGAGCUCAGCGGAGAGAAGACGACGCUCACGCUCAGGGUGGGAGAGCUGGAGGGACAAGUGCAGGAGCUGUCUUCAUCUCUGCUGCAGAAGGACAAGGAUGUGGAAUACUAUCAGGAGGAACUCGGUCAAGAGAGGCUGCGCAUCGAAGAGGAAAUGCAGGGCGUCACUAAUGUCAUCAUCACCAUGAUGCUACUCAGUUUUGAGCUGUUCAGUGAGGCGAACCGGGCAGGGGGAAGUUACAGACUCCCAGGGGAACAACGCUCCUUCUUUUUUAACAAUAAACCCCCAAAUGAAGCUUAUCUUCGCUGUAUCUGUGCUACAUUCGUCCUUGCGUGUCACAUUAAAUACGUCUCAUUCGCUCCGCCGCUGCAGGUCUGGUCGAGCCAGCCACAGCCUUAUCUGCCCGAAGGAUCUCCGUCCGCGCGCAGCACAGGCUCGCGGUCUCUGUGUCUCCGUCUGUGGUGGUCGUGUGGAAUGCUUGAUCUCAAGAUGAAGGAAACGUGUCGCAUCUGUGGCCGUGAGCUCUGCGGUAACCAGAGGCGAUGGAUUUUUCACCCCACCGCCAAACUCAACCUGCAGGUGCUGCUGUCCCACGCUCUGGGGAAAGAGCUGACCCGGGACGGCCGCGGAGAGUUCGCCUGCUCCAAAUGCACCUUCAUGCUGGACCGCAUGUACCGCUUUGACACGGUCAUUGCUCGUGUGGAGGCCCUGUCCAUCGAAAGGUUGCAGCGGCUCCUGCAGGAGAAACAUAGACUGAGACAGUGCAUCGGUGGACUCUAUCGGAAAACGAAUUCCGACGAUGGGGCUGUAACAGUGGGUGGAGGCGAAGAAGGGCCAGUUGACGGCAUGGUGGACUUUUCAGGCCUCGCUCAUGCAAAGUACUGUGCCCUGCUCCAGGACGACAUGGUCUACUCUUUGUACGAGUCUUGGGCUGACGACAGCCUGGACUGUCACCAUCAUCACCACCACCACCCAGCAGGUCCAGGGUCAGAGGUUACAGCUGCAGGCUCACAACGCUGUCUGUCCAGCACUCCCAGGAAGUGCCAAGGAUGUUCCUACUGGAGAGUGACAGACUCUGAUUAUGAGGCUGUUUGUAAGGUGCCCAGGAAGUUGGCACGGAGUAUUUCAUGUGGCCCGUCAACCAGAUAUUCAGCCAGUGUUAUCGGAGGCAGUGUCGUUGGAGGAGUGGGAACUGCUGAAGAAGAAGAAGAAGGAGAAGAAGACAGAAAAAGUGUGGACAAUUCAGAAGAACCCCCAUCUUCUUUAACUCUGGUCCCUGGUUCUCAGGACCCCUCAAGGAGAUCCGACAGUGAUCGCACACUGGCUGGACAUGCCAGCUCCAGCCCCUCUGUAACAUCUCUGGAGACGGCUGAGGAGUAUGUCCAGCCUACAGCCAUAACAGAUGGUCCUCUGAGUUCCCCUAGGGAACCCAUGGAUGACCGGAUAUUUGACUCCCUCUCUGAGGAGCACAUGGGAGCCCCACACAGUCAAUCCUCAUCUGGGCUCAGCCUCUCUCUGUCCCUGUGUUUGCUGCAGAGCUAUAGCAUCUACCGGCCAGUCAGGACCUCCAAGGGGAGCAAACUGCCAGUACUGCUCAAACGGAGCUUCAGUAAUGGAGGCACAAGGCUGGGAUAUUUGGAUCCUGCCUUUGGAAUUACUUAUGGAACUCCAGACAAGGAAAGGGACAACAGCAUGCCAGUGCCUGGGCUGGAGACCCCUCUGAUCAAGCUGGAACAGGAUCUGAACAUGGCUUACAUGGCGGAUCUUUUUGAAGAUUUGUACAAAGAGUAUCCUCGCCCACCUCCCCACCAGAGUCUUGUCGAGGAGCAGCAAAGCCAGCUGAACCAGUAUGAGUGUGCGGCCGGUCAGUGUGUGAGUGAGCUGCAGAAGGCCCAGCUACAGGUCCAGUCCCUGCAGGCCAAGAUCCAUGAGGGCGAGGCCAACAACAUGAAGCUGCAGGAAAAGCUGAGUGAAAUGGAGUGUGAGCUGCGUUCACUUCGCCAGGCGGCUCACAGUCAGGAGAGAACCAUCCAGGGCCUCAGCGAGUCUAUUGGUACAAAAGACAGUGAGGCUCAGGAGCUGUAUCAACUCAUCGAAGGGCAAAACGCCACUCUGUGCAAGCUGCAAGAAAUAGCCCAUCGCAACCAGCUCACUCAAUGCAAGGUUCCAGAGGGGGUCAGCGAGUCCUUGACACUCGCCCAGCUGCAGGGCGAGUUGGUGGGCGUGCAGAGCUCGCUGUUCACCCUUGGGCUGGAGCUCGAGGCCAGCCAGCGGAGUCUCAGACAGAGUCAGAGACAAGGAGACGACUUAGUGAGGUUCAAGAACAGACUGAACUCGGAUCUACAGGAGGCACUGCAGCACAGGGAGGUCACUGAAAAACAUAACCAGGACUUGCACUGUGCCCUUCAGAAAAGUCGCUCUGAGCUUCAGGCCAAAGAAGCCGCUCUGAAGGAGAGCGAGGCGGAGAAAGUCUCUGUGGUGCAGGAAAAGGACAAGACCAUUGCACAACUCAAGCACUCUCUGCAAGACAAGGAGCAGCAAUUACAAGAAUUCUCGGAUAUGCUGGAAACAACAGCAAACUCCAAAUCAAGAGAUGCCCUGCUGGAGAAACUAAGAGAGCGGAUUAAAGAUAGAGACAGGGCUUUGGAGCGCUCCAUCGACGACAAGUUCCGCAGUCUGGAGGAGCGUGAGGGGCAGGUGAGGAGGCUCCAACUGGCCCUCAGGGAGAAGGAACGGGACUUGGAGAGACUGCGCUGCAUCCUGUCCAACAACGAAGAGACCAUCACGAGUCUGGAUGGUUUGGUGCGUGGUAAAGAGCUAGAGCUGGAGCAGGCGGCAGAGGCCUACAGGAACCUGCAGUGGCUGAAGCAGCAGAGUGAAGAGCAGGAGAGAAACACGCUGAGAGAAAAAGAGACCAUCAUCAAGCAGCUGCAGGCAACUCUGCAGAGCCACAGCCAGGAGACCCAGGACCUGACGGCAGCCCUCAUUGCCCGAGUUCAGUCUGGUCCCACUGAUAUUGUGGAGGAGCUGAAGGCUCGUCUGGCCCUGAAGGAGAAACUGUUCCAGGAGCUGCUGUCUGACCGUAGCCGCCAGUCUAAUCAUCACCAAGCACAGGUCCAGGAUCUGUUCAACGCACUCAGCUCCAAAGACCAGUAUCUGCAGGACCACACCUACAGACUGUCCUUAGUGAUCAGCGAGCGGAGCAGCCAGCUGCAGGAGCUGCGCAGGCAACUGUCGCUUAAAGAACAGGAGCUGUGCGAGGUGAGACGGGACAAGGAGAGAGACAUGGGGGGAGAGACGGAGCAUCUGCGGGGUCUGCUCAAAGAGAAGGAGGCCUUCAUCAAGGAGCUGAUGCAGAGCCAGGAAGAGGCGAUGCAGCUGUCAUCUAAAGAGAGUGACGGAGAGAUGAAGGCUCUACAGGAGGAGCUGCAACUGGCAAUGAAGAAGGAGAGGGCGGCUCAGGAGGAGCUCUCCGCUCUGCAUUUAUCUUUGGCUCACCAGCAAGUCCAAGGAGAUGCCCAAAAAGCCAGCGGUGAUCAGCAAUGCGUGCUGGAGCAGCUUGUAUCAGAGUACAACAAGCUGAAUGAUGCCCUGAGGGCAGAGAAGAGACUAUACCAGAAUCUCAUGCAUGUGCACAACAAGAGUGACAGCAGCAGCUCAGAGAAGAUCCAGGCACUCCACACUGAGCUAGACUCAGUGCAGGCACUGCGUGGACAGUUGGAGGAAGUCCUGGCCAGGACCUGUAACAUGGCCCUGGCACUGGAAAGGGCAGCCAAAAGGCAGCCUGACUUUGGAGAGCUCAGUACAGAGGACGAGGAGGAGGAAGGAGACGAUGAAGACGGCGGCGGCAGCAGCAGCGAUGAGUUCACCGACAGCAUAGAGGAGGAUGAUGCUAAAGCGACGGCCAUCGCUCAGGUAGAAUGUUUGAUUGGGUCUGAGAAGUCAUGUGAACCCAGGGGUGUGGCUGCAGAGCUGGUGAGGGGAGUGCUGUCCCAGAGAGCUGAUGUAAAGCAGCUUGAGGAAGCGAGGAGGAUGCUUGAAGGCCAGCUUGAGGAAAUAAGGUCACACCUGGAGAGAGAUGGCUUCACAUCGGUGGCCCAGAUGAGGAGUGCACUGCAGAACCUGCGGGAGGAGAACCAGGCUUUGAAAGAAUGCCAAGAACGAGCCGGAGUCCUGGGAUUGAGGACGAACACAGAGAAGAAUCUCAGAAGACUCGCCUGGGAAGAGGAGGAGGAUAUUGAGGAAGAAGAGGAGGAGGAGGAGGAGGAGGAGGAGGAGGAGGAGGAGGAGGAGGAUGAAACACCUCAGCGAUGGAAGAGACAGUGCACAAGGCCUUGCUCUCUGGACCUAGACACACAGACGUCUCAUCAUCACACACAGCAGCUUGAGAAGGAGGCGGAGCCUGCCGGUAACACGAGUGAAGUGGGAGCACUGUGGCAGGACAUCGACGAGGGCCUCCGCGAGCAGGCAGCUCACCUACGCUCUGAUCUGGCUCUGAGCCACCAGGAGAACAGAGAACUGCAGGAGAGGCUGAUGGUGUCAGAGGCCACGGUCCACGCUCAGGCAGAACAACUCAAGGACUACAGAGACCUGCUCACAGAGACGUCAGUCCAGCAAGCCAGUAAACAGGUGCAGGUGGAUCUGCAGGAUCUGGGUUAUGAGACAUGCGGUCGCAGUGAGAAUGAGGCAGAAAGAGAAGACACCAGCAGCCCAGAGUUCGAUGACCUGGAGAUGUGCACGUCGCUGUCUAAUCAGCAGGACUACGACGGCGUGGGCAGCAGCUGGUACUCUGCAAACAGUGGAGGGUUUGAAGUGGGCGAUGACACCUCUCCCCAGCAUCUGGUCCUCGAUCUGCGCUCACAGCUGACCCGCUGCCACAAAGUGAUCCGUGGGCUGCAGCUGCGCGUCCGCUCCCUGUCCGCCACCAGCGACUACGCCUCCAGUCUGGAGCGCACGCCUCGCAAGGUAAACUGGGCCUUCGAGAAGUCACCUGCCCCCAGCGGUGCGGAAGAAGAUGAAGGCUGGAUGUCUGACUCGCAGGCGAUUCGCUCUGGGUCCAAACCCAGGAGGGAGCUCGAAGAACUGAUGGCACGAGUCACAUCACUGGAGGCACAACUAAAAAGCCCCGGCCUGGAGGGAAAGGGUCAAGCAGAAGAGGGGAAAUGUGCUACUUGGCCUGGGAAGUACAACACUCUGAUCCAGGCACAAGCUCGUGAGCUGUCCCACCUGAGGCAGAGGAUGAGAGAGGGACAGGGAGUCUGCCAUAUCCUCACCCAGCACCUGGGUGACACCACUAAGGUUUCCACAAGCUUUGCAGUUCCCAGUGACAAGGCCACGUUCCCUCUCUCACCCGGUGCUCACAACCAGAACGACCUCUCCAGCUACAGCCUGCUGUCCCAUCAUGCCUUUCAACAGUAUCAGCUGGGCGGCAUCCCUGAGGACCGCUCCCUGAAGUCUGACAUGGGACCAGUGACAGGCGGAACUUUGUGGGACAUGGAGAACAUGGUUCAGCAAGUAGGGAGCUACGCUGGAUCGUCUGGGCUCCGGCCAGGAAGCGGCCAUGCAGGGGUGAAUGUGAUAGAGGAGCACCUGCAGGAGGUGAGGUGUCUCCGUCAGCGUCUGGAAGAGUCCAUCAGGACGAACGAGAGGCUCCGCCAGCAGCUGGAAGAAAGACUUGCUCGUGGUGGGCAUGGUGGAGGGGCCCCAACAAACAUCUACAUACAGGGGCUGGACUCAGUCACACAACUGUCCAACGAGAUUAGAGUCCUGAAGCAAGAAAACCUGGCCCUGCAGUCACGUUUGCAGGCUAGCACAGACACUUGUGAGGAGGUGGUACAGUUGCGGGAGGCUGUGUUUACGGCACAGGCUCGCCUGAAACAAGCAGAGCUGGAGGCCCAGCAGUGGAAGGAGGAGCUGCGACGACUUCAGAGUUACAGGCAGGAGCAGGGAGAGCAGAUCCACACGUUAAGGCAGGAGAGACAGGCCAGUCAGGAGAGAACCAACAGGCUCCAACAUGAGGUGUCGCUACUGCAGCAGCAGCUGUGUGAGGGCAGGGAGCUCAUCCACUCCCUGCAGAGUGAACUGCAGGUCUACGAUCGAGUGUGUUUCCCUGCAAAGGCCAACAAAGGCUACAUGUGCGGUGUGCCAGUGGAGCUGGGGGAGCUGCUUGGAGAGGUGAGGAGUCUCCGGGCACAGCUGCAAACCAGUGUCCAGGAGAACAGUGCUCUCAAACAACUGGAGCUCCACAAGCAGCUGGAGCAGAAGCUGGGUGUGGGCUCUCCUCGCUCCCCCUCCCUCUCUGCCCUCACUGCCAGCCCUCAACGGGAAAACUUCUACAGGCGACAGCUGCUGCACGACCCAGCUCCGUCUCCACCGGUCAGGGACAUUGGUCUGUUUAACUGUGGAUCACCCGGUCCUCCCUUCUCAGACCUGGACGACAGCCAUAGCACUGCUAAUGUAGACUCUCUGGACCCUCACUGUGAGCUCGAGGGGGAGGCCCCUGAUGGAUCGUUUGCAAACCGCAAUGGCCGCCACGCCAUCGGUCAUGUGGAUGACUUCAGUGCUCUGCAACAGCAAGUCCUAGAGGGGCGGAGCCUCAUCCAACGCAUGGAGACGACCCUGCAGGCCUGCCUCGGCCCGACUCUGCUGGACGGCAAUGAGAAACACAGUGGUGAAAUGGUUGUGGACUCUGGAUGUGUGAAGAGUCUGCUGUCCAGCACCAGGACUCUGAGGCAGAUCCUGGAGGAGUCCAUGUCUCUGCUGAAGAUGUUCUGGAGGGCAGCUCUGCCCAGCAAUGAUCUCACCAUCCAAAACCUUAAGAAGGAGCAGUGUAUGCAGGAAGAAAUCUUGUCCCUGAAACUGCGUAUUUCAGAGCAGGAAGAGGUUCUAAAAGGGACGAUUCAAAGACUGAGAAGCACCAGCCGCACCAAGGAGAGCAUGGAGCACUUCAUAGUUAAUCAGUUGUCAAGGACUCGUGAUGUCCUGAAGAAAGCGAGGACAAAUUUAGAGAAGAAUGAGCAGAGACUUUCCUCUCUAAGCUCGUCCUCCUCCUCUCCUCAUGCUGCUGAGGAGCCAGGAGUUGUUGCCAGAGAGUGGCCUUCUGAUCGCACUGUCCUGAAGACCAGCGCUGCGUCCGGAGCCGCGGCCCAUCUGCGCCCAGCAACGAGGAAGCGCAACAGCCAAUGUCUGCUCUAGACUUUUCAAGAACCAGCCUCAAAUGCUACCACCUCUGACCUCUAUGCUCCAACAGCCAAGACCCACAGAACACCCCCACCCCCACCGCCAACCCCCCCCACACGCCCCUCAACAGCUGCCAUGAGAGUGUGUCCACCCGUCUCUCCUCUGGGCAACGUGUGAAGUUUACUCCGCACCUUGAGCCUUAGCAGACUCCCCUCACUCUCUCACCUCCCUCCCUCCCUCCCGCACCACCAGUGUUCUUGUCUUUGAGUGACGUAGUCAGCAGUCUGCCUUGUGUGUGACAGAAGAAGGUGUUCGAAAUGUUCUCCUGAUGGAUUCAGUGUCGUGUGUCCUACUGAUGGAGCUGGUAGACGAUGCUCUUAAACGCUGAUCUCAGACCAGAUUUUGUCUCUUCUUAAUCUGGUGUCAGUGGAGAGAUCAAGUCAAAUGACGCGGUCAUUUGACUUGAUCUCAGAGAUUGAAACAACGAUAUUUUUUAUAUCAAAUCAUUCAAAAAUGUAGCCUUAAAAUGAAGUUGAAUUGGCAUCAAAUACAAAGUUUCUGUAAUAUACUGUCCGCCCUUAGAUCAGUCUACGUGAGCAUCCUCUCCUGAGAGCCUGUGGACAGAGCAGAUGUUCAUGCAUGUUUAAAAAGACUUGUGGGAGGAAUUCUGCACACAUGUUUUCACACACACACACACACACGUCUUUAUAUGUGUGUGUGUGUGUGUGAUCAGUCAAAGCUCACUCAAAGACAAGACACUUGUCCACUUUGACUGCCACACAAAUGUUUACCUCUUGUGGUACGCUCAUUAACAAGGACAUCUCUUUUUUUUUUUUUUGCCAAUGCAAUGCAAAGAAAAACGACGCCCACAGUGUGUCACCUGACACAGUGGAGGAAUGUAGAGGAGGUAGGUGGCCACUGCUACACAGUUGUGUGCUAUAUAUCUGUAUUUGUGGAGGAAGCUUCUGAAUAAUAUGUAAGCCAUCAGCCAAGAGUGGCGAUAGACGCCAGAAGAAAGUUCCACUUGAGUUCCACGCCUCCGUUUUUAGCUAUUAAUGUGUUUUGUUUUGUGUUUUUUUAGCACAAAAGUGCAGUUGUGAAAACUGAAGACGUUGCGAUUUGGAUCAGUUCUUAAAGCCAGCUUCUGUUUGAUCGAUUGUUAUUGGAUGUACACUGCAAUAUGUCCAACAAAAAAAAGUGCUCAAAUGGAACCAGGCUAAACACGCGUAUUCAAGCUCCUCUGUAGGAGUUCUCAUACGAGCAUGUGCAAUAAUAAUGUUUCUUGAAUAAUAAUGCUGCACCAGGAUAUUAUUCUUAUUAUUUCUUUGCCUGACACUGGAGUAUUAGUCACACUCAUAAUGGUAAUGUUAUGACUUCAAUGAGUGUUACGAUUGUACCUUUUUUUCUGGAGUGCUGAUGCAUGACAAAGACUGAUGAAUGGUCAAAACUGAGCUAUGGAACAGGGGAUUACCAAUACUUGCCCAAAAGUUUGAAAUUUCAACUCUUUAUUUCACUUUGACUUGCCUUGACCAUGCGAAUGACAAACUGUCUGAUGAGACAAAUAGACAAAUGCAGAUGUACCGUGUCCACGAGGAUUAAGAACCACAGAGACGGUAACCGUUAGACAGCCGAUUUGGUUUAUUUUUGAAUUUUUUUGAAUUCUUUGGACCAAAACAAAAAGAACGGCUUGUUGUUGUUGUUUUGCACGACAUUAUAUGCUACAGUCGUCAUGUUAUAUCUUUUGGUUCAGGCCGUCUUAACAUUCCCAUGGCAAUGGCAAUAUAGGUUAUAAAGUUUUUCUAGAUGACACAAACUUUGGCAGGGUACUGGUAUGAUCAUUGUUCUAUAAUUCACUCACUUGUAUCAGUUCUGUUUCACUUUUAGUUUGAUGUGGGGUUUUUUCUUUUGCUGUACAUUUGCCAUUUCAUGCUGUAAAUAACCUGCUUGUUGUGUGUGUAUGCGAGCGUGUGUGUGCGUGCGUGUGCGUUUGUUAAAAAAAAAAAAAAAGACAUCCAACAUUUGCUUUUUGCAAAGUUGAUUAUCUGGGUAGCUGUGCAAUAGCUUUAUAUAAUACUUCAUUUUGAUGUUAAACAUCAUUGUAUUACAAGUAUGUUUGCUACACUCACUUCCUGCAAUGUUUCAAGUAUAUGCAAUGUACAUCAGAGGAUUGUGUCACUUUGAAUCAGUUAGUCACAGUGAUGAGGAAAACAUAAACAAUGCCUUCAAGACAUUGAUUACAUCAAAAGUAGUUUAUUCGCUUGCCUUUACAUUUAGCCCGAGAGCUUCUCUAGUCUGCUCUCUGUGGUAGCGCUCGUCUACCUGAUAUCUGCCAAAUUAGGUUUUAUUUGUGCUCGAGUCUUCUGGAAAAAAAAAAAAAAAGUUGCCAAAUAUUUAAAUGAAAGGUAAAAAGUUUGAUAUUUCCUUUGUAAAUUGAAGACAUUAAAGAAAAAUGUUUUGAAGACUCGUCUGCUGUAAGGAAAAAGCCAAUGACUGAAAAGACUAUGGAGCGGUGAAUCCACAAAGCACCUUUUUAGAGCGUAAACAAAGCCUUAUUGCUAUUUAUUAAGAAGGGAAUUAGUGAGGGGAAUUAAACGGCAGUUUGAAACAGUGUAUUGUUGGUCCUGCGUUGCGUUUGUAUAUACCGCUAUUUGAUUGGUGCAGCUUUUAUUUGAUUGGAAAGCAGCUUUGUUUCUGAUUGUAUGUAUAAUGAAGUAGAAAGCCGAUACAGGACUCAUAUUGAUCUUGUCUCUGAUGACAGUUAAGAGUGUGUUGUGUUGGCACAGGUAGUUAUCAGUAAAAGAGUUUGGAAAAGAUGGAAUAAAACCAUUGAAAGCA